AUGACCUUCUCUGUGUUGCGGGCGUUGCACACAAUUAUCGGAGACGCGCUCUCUGACAUUGAACACAUAUACGCCAACCUCUCCGGCCCGUAUGCAAGCCCGCCCCCUUCACCGACAUCGCCUGUUCCCUCUUCAAACUUGGUCGAUUUCCCCUCUCUCGACGCGUCAUUCGAUCCCCUCUCUCAAGCAGAGCAACUCACAACACAUCCCACCGUGGCGGCAGCCAUAAAUCGUAUUGUUUCUGCCGCUGGUCAGCUGAGCGCGACAGUCAAUCCACCUUUCCUGACCAUUUGCGACGCUGCUAUGGGCUAUCAUCUGCCAAGUUGUCUCCGCCUUUUGGAGGCCACUCAUAUCCCAGAAAUCCUCCGAGAUGGACCGCUUCACGUUCGAGAGUUGGCAAACAAGACUGGGGUCGAACAGGGAAAGCUGGCCCAUAUACUCAGGCUACUCGCAACGCAUCACAUCCUGCGCGAAGUAGAGCCAGAUGUAUUCGCCACUAACCGAAUUUCAUCGCUGAUAGAUAGCGGAAGACCAGCUGCCACACUGCGAGCUAACCCGAAACGAAAAUAUGACGAAGACGGUGGUGCAGUGGCCGCCUUCGUAGGCCUCUGUACCGACGAGCUACAUAAAGCAAGCGCAUACCUAACUGAGGCUGUCUUCCCUGAUGUAGAUAAGAUCUUUCCGGAAGUAGAACGUUCUCUCUUUGCAAGGGCGCCUCCGUCCAACCCAUCAUCGACAUCGACAUUACCGGCCCACUCUGAUCCUACUCGUGCGCCGUUCAACCACGCAUUCGGAUGCGCCGGAGUGGGAUACUUUGCAUGGUUAGAAGGCGAGGGUUGUGUUUCAGAGGUCGAGGUUGCCAAAGAUCAUCCCAAGAAAAACGGACAUCGUCGUCUUCGAAGUAUCGGUGGAAGCACAACUUCGACUUCAAGCUCGGGUUCAAUCCCGCUGCCACUUCCGUUAAAGCCGAGUUCAAGUCCGCAGCCAGCGCCACCGCCCCAAAUAGCGUCAAACCCGAACCAGUUCCGAUUGGAGCGGUUUGGGAAAGCAAUGGCAGGUACGGGCAGCUGGGAGGCUCCUGGUGCAGUGUUGGCCGGCUUCGAUUGGGCCUCGCUUCCUCCAGGAAGUACAAUUGUGGACGUUGGAGGCGGUAUUGGGUCAACAACGAUGAUUCUCGCCAGCGACUACGCUGGGACCGAUGGCGAUGGUUUGCGCUUCGUUGUGCAAGAUCGACAGGUGGUAGUGGAGAUGGGAGAAAAGGCUUGGCGUGCAAAGUGUCCAGAGUUUCUCGAUUCCGGCUCGGUCCGAUUCCAAGUUCAUGACUUCUUUACCCCACAGCCCAUUCUCAACGCGGCGGUAUAUUUUCUCCGGGUUGUGUUGCACGAUUGGCCAGACGCCUUUGCCCACAAGAUCCUCCUCAGACUGAGGGAGGCCGCAGGAAACGAAACUCGAUUGGUGAUUGCCGACUGGGUGUUACCCAUGGCAUGUGUAGACGACUUUGGAGUAGGAGAAGAAAGUGCUGGACAAGUCGAAGGCGCAGAGAAGAUGUUGGCGCCAGCACCGCUGCUCGCUAAUCUAGGCAAAGCCAGCGCGAAUGUAUACUGGAUGGACCUCACGAUGCAAGUAACCUUCAAUGGUCAAGAACGUACGUUGCGUGAGAUUGUUGGACUAGCUGCCUCUGCUGGAUGGAAGGUUGUCCGUGUCACGAAAGCUCCCGGUUCGCUCUUUGGUCAUAUCGUAGCGAUUCCCGUCGCCGUGCCCAUCUCAGCCUCUCGUAGAGCUCGGUCUGGGAGCGGAUCGGCCUUCUUUGAAGCUGGAGAGGCUGCCAAUAGCAGGAACGCAAAGAACGGAGCUGACGACGGAGACGGGAUGGAGAUCGUCGAACGAGCAAGCAGUCGCUGUGGAACGCCAACUUUCGGGUCUCGAGUCAAUCUGCCGAGUGUUGCGGAGGCAAAGCGAGUGCGUGGACAAAAUGCACUUCAGCUCCGGAAGCCAUUUGGAUAUGGAGCUGGUGCACCGACUGCGACAGCCACGUUUUUGAGACAGCCGGCUCCGAUAAGAAAGAAGACUAAGCCUUCUCCGUUGGCCUCAUCUUCGAAUUCGACAGUUGCCUACUCGCCAAUGCCUUCGCCAGCUCCUGGAUCAGCUUCGUCGCUUCGUUCCAUGACAGUAACUUCACCAAGGCCAACCCAACCUGGCUCGCCAGUCAUAACACGUUCUUCUCAAGGACUGCACUCACCUAUUGCUCGUAGAAGUCGAACUCCAUUCCGGUCGCAAUCCCAGAUCCAAAUUUCCCCCAGAGAGUCGCCAGUUCCCGUCGCUUCCCCCCGGCCUACUCUCAGUAGACGCUCAUCUCAUGCCCAAUUGUCGCCAACAGGUCCUGCUAAGCAGCAAGGCUUGCGACAUAUGCCUUCAUCGCCUGUCCUGAAACAAUCAUCCGACUCAAGUCGAAAACUUCAACAACAACCAAGCCCACCUUCCCCCAUCCCAUCUCGUAUUCCCGCGUUACCACGUCGAGCCUCAAUUGCGCAACUUCAACCUCCCCCGAGUUCGCCGCCGCAACCACCAGUUCCAGCCGUGCCAUCAAAACUCCUUUCGCCGUUACGAUCUGUUCGACGAAUGGGAAGCUUACUGUUGCCUGGUCGCGCGAGUGGCGGUACACUGGAUUUUGCUCGUUAUGAAGAAAGCGAUGACGAGGGGUUACAUCGGCCUGACCUGCUUCCUGCAGGUUCGGUGCUUGCGGAAGCUGCGCAAAUAGAGCGUGGCCAAGGGUUCAGUCGGGAUUCGGCUAGGUCACCGGAUUAUUAG